CCGAGGAGCAGUGUCCGAUUCCGUGGAUAUAUAUGAUAGAUGGUUCAGUAUUUCGUAGUUUGCCCUUCUACCUCAUUUCCCUUGAUUUGAGCUAAAUCCAGGAAUCUGAUAUAUACGCAAAAAUGCCUGCUUUCUCGCGCCUGAUUCGCUUCCUGGCCAAAGACGGCCAAGUCUACUACGGCGAUGCCAUCCUCCCUCCCGGCGUGACUGACAUUUCCAAAGCGACUCAAGCAAAGGUGAUCAAGGGUGACAUCUUCGGACAACACCAAGUCACAGACCAAACAGCUGAGGUGAAAUUACUCCUGGCCCCUCUGGCAAGAGGAGAUAUCGGCACAGUGCGCGGCCUAGGGUUGAACUAUGAGCAGCAUGCGAAGGAGUCCAACUUGCCCAUCCCCAAGUACCCCGUGCUAUUCUACAAACCUGUCCCCUCGAUCGGGGGUCCUACUGAUGACAUUCCCGUGCCUUAUUUGGUGCAAAAUGAUGAGGGACUUGACUACGAGUGUGAGCUUGUUAUUGUUGUUGGCAAGCUGGCCAAGGACGUGCCUGAGAAUCGAGCUUUAGACUAUGUGCUUGGGUAUGCAGUGGGUAAUGAUGUCUCGCACCGAGAGUGGCAGAUCAAGCGUGGAGGAGGGCAAUGGGCCCUGGGUAAAAGCUUCGAUGGCUGGGCACCCUUUGGUCCUGGUAUCGUGACCACGGAUGUGAUCCGUGAUCCCAAUGCAUUGAUGAUCUUGACCAAACUGAAUGGUCAAACCGUUCAGUCGUCAUCGACUAAGGACAUGAUUUUCCAUGUGGCUCAAACCGUGUCGUUCCUGUCCAAGGGGACAACUUUGUUGCCCGGAGAUCUGAUUUUCACCGGAACUCCCCAAGGCGUGGGCAUGGGUCGUAAGCCCCAACUUUGGUUAAAGGACGGAGAUCAGGUUGAGGUCUCGCUUGACAGUGUAGGAUCGUGCGUCAACAAGGUCGUCUACGAGAAGCCAUUGCCUAAACUUUAGACACAGAAAGUAAACUCGGGCAGCUCCAAUGUAUAUUUUAGUUACCCAAUAUAGUACUAUUCUUGGUAAUAUCACGCAAAGCAUAAGGCAACCAUACUGAUUUGGGGU